AUGGUUCCGGUCCAGACGGAGUCCAGAUGGGUUCAUUCCUCAGAACCGCCGCGGUACAGCAGCCGGAUCCGGUCCGCUCCCCAAACACACCCAACUGCUGAGGACGAGAAAACAACUGGAUCCACACAGAACCAGGACCCGGAUUUCAGAACGGGUUCUGAUCUGAGUCCAGAACCAGAACCAGAACCAGCUCAGCUCGACCUUCACUCUGACCUCCAGUUUCCUUCAACCCAACAGGAGACUCUGGUGAACCUGGAGAGGCAGAUUUAUGCUUUCGAGGGCAGCUACCUGGAAGACACCCAGAUGUACGGAAACAUCAUCAGAGGAUGGGACAGAUACCUGACCAACCAGAAGAACUCCAACAGUAAAACUGACAGAAGGAACCGUAAAUUUAAGGAAGCGGAGCGUCUGUUCAGCAAGUCCUCGGUAACAUCAGUGGCAGCGGUCUGCGCGCUCGGAGGGAUCCCCGACCACAUGAACGAAAAGCGUGAAGCCGGCAGCGGGACGGAGAGCGACGCCUCUCCGGAUCUUCAGAACCAGGAGAACGAACCGAGUCAGGAGGACACGGAGGACAUGGACUCGGCGCUGCAGGACCUGAAGCCUCAGAAAGCUGCUUCCUCCUCGUCAUCCAGCAGUCACCAUGGCAACCCCAACAAGAAGAGGAAGAACAAGAACAGACACAGGUACGGUUCUGUCAGGCCCGGUGGGUCCAGGUAGCAGG